AUGUUGCGCACAGUAAAACCGAAGAAUGCGCGGUCGAAGCGGGUUAUGCAGGCGCGGGAGUCGAAGGAGGUCGAGGACCCGCGCACGGCUAUCUUCGUGAAGGGCACACACCCGGGAGAGAAGGCUGGCGGUGUCAUGAAGGAGCUCAUGGCAUUGAAGAGGCCGAAUGCGAUCUCCUUCUCCAAGAAAAACACCGUCCGGCCGUUCGAGGAUGCGUCCUCGCUCGAGUUCUGGGCGCAGAAGAACGACGCAAGUAUGUUCGUCCUCGGACAGAGCACGAAGAAACGGCCGGACGGGCUCACGUUUGUCCGCAUGUUCGACUACCGCGUGCUUGACAUGUGCGAAGUCGGUGUGGACUCGUUUAAGAGCAUGGUCGAGUUCAAGACACGGAAAGCGACCCCCGGACACAAGCCGCUCCUACACUUUGCGUCGGAGCUGUUCGACAGUCAUCCGCGCUUUGUGCAGCUCAAGUCGAUGCUCAUUGACUUUUUCAACGGCGAGGUGAUCGACUCGAUAUGCCUUGCGGGCAUCGAGCACGUCAUCAGUAUCUCCCUCGGACCCACACCUCCCUCCUUGAACGCUGCGACCACGACCCUGCAGGCGUCGACCUCGACAGAUCCCGCGCCGGCGGAGGUUCUACCAAAAGUACACAUCCGUGCCUACACAAUCCGGCUGCUCGCGUCAGGGACUCGCGUACCGCGCGUCGAGCUGACGCCGAUGGGGCCGUUCGUCGACCUCACCAUGCGGAGACACCAAGAGGCGGACGCGGAGCUGCUGAAGCAGGCGCUGCGGCGGCCGAAGGUGCGCAAGCAGGACGUGGAGAAGGGCCUGGGGAAGAAGCGGAAGAACCUGGAGGUGGACGAGCUGGGCGACCUGCGCGGGAGGAUUCACGUCGGGAAGCAGAACCUGGACAAGCUGCAGACGCGGAAGAUGAAGGGCCUGAAGGCGUCGCGGGACGAUAUGCUGGUCGAUGUAGAUGCCGGCGAGGACAUGGGCGUCGACGAGGGCGGCAGCGGGGAGAGCGGGCCGGAGGAGUCGGGCGGCGAGCGGCGGAAACGGCGACGGGCAGAGUAGGCCGGCGCCGAGUGCAGAGGGGUCGGCGCCGGGUGCGGGGAGGGAGGCCGGAGGGCGGGGGUCAGAUGUCCGGGUUGUGCUUACGUAACUGUUAU